AUGGCAAUGCAGCAGAAGCAAAAGCAGGUGAAAAUCCGGCGUACCUUUCCGAGAAACAGGUUUUACGAGCGAGUGUUGAUGGAUUGGAAGGAGAGCGUGGAUGACCGCAAUUUUCGAUCAGUUUUGUCGCGAGCUUUGGCCAAUCUGAGAGCUUAUCCACUCGAUUUGGCCACAUUCACUGAUCUGAAAAAUGUUAAAGGCAAGUCUUUUUUUUUAUUGCUUUUGUUUGAAUGA